CUUGCGCCGUACGCCGCCCCAUGAAUGUCAUUCCCCUCUCAUUUAACGUUUGAGACCGGAGGUUUGUUUACAGAUAAUCUCUCGAGGGGCCGUUGCUCCAGACAUGAAAUGUUCGGUGACCUUUGAGUGAAGAGCAGGCUGCAGAUUUGACUGCUCUACGCGAGAUGCGCACGUGGGGUUUUGCAGUGGUUGCGGCUGUAACAGCAGCGGUUUUGAUGCCGUACAACUCUUGAAGGUGUGUGUGUUUGUAAUUUGAAUGAGGCCAUAGGUUCCACAUCUGGAUCCUUGGGCCACUCUAGUCCUCAGAAUCGUCACUUUAAGGUGUUUAAGGUGUUUAAAUUGAGUCCCGGGAACCUUCGUGACAGGACGACGUUUCCCUCUGAACAACCCUCCUCACUUUGGGGAUUGGGACGGGAUCGAAAGAGGAUGUGGUGGGGUUUUCAUUUCUUGUUUUUGUUGGAAUGAUCACCGUGACGACGUCCAGGUAGCUGUUUGCUGGUGAGCCGGAGGAGGUGCUCUGCAACUUCCCCCCCCCCCCCGCCCGCCCGUCCUCUCACACAGCGUUGUGAGGCUUCCUGUAAGCCCCAGAGACGGGCUGUGUGGUUACAAGUGGAAAAUGUCACUGGGCACUUUAAAGAAGACACUGGGCCGCGACAGAGGAGAAGGAGGGAUGAGCGACAGACAGAGAGAGGGAGAGAGAUCACGCCAGAGACACACACGAGGACAGGAAGAAAAAAGGAUGUCUUUUAAACUCGUCAGUCCAGCAGAGGACACUGCAAUGUGUCUCUCGGGGACCCUCUGAUCAGUUCUAUUGUGGCCAUGGCCGUGCAGGUCCUGGUGACCCUGUCCGUCCUCGCGGUUCUGUUUUCAAAGUCCGCAGCAGACUCUCAAGACUCACACGGACUCUCCUGCGUGAAUGACUUUGUGAACAACGUGAGCUGCACGUGGGACGGCUCUGGACUGGACUGCUGGAUCGUUGGUAUGAAGAUUACCUGGGCCAAACGGGCAACGAUUAUUCGAAGCUGCAAACUGAAACAACACCGGAACUCUCCGUCAGGGUGCAGUUUUGUCUUUGAAAAUGAAGAGUUCAACCCUUUUAUGAAGGAGAUGCCCUACAUACGAGUGGAGUGUAACGGGACGAUGGUGGAGAACAUCACAAACUAUUCACCAUUCAAUCACGUCAAAAUGCAUCCUCCGAGCGUUCCCAAUGUCAGCUGCACGCCCAACAGGACCCUGAUAUCCUGGAGCCCAGGAGGUCCUCCGUCAGACUACUUCAAAUCCUUCAACUUCCAGGUUCAGAUCAAACAGAAAAACAAGUCAUGGAAUGAGUCCAACACUUUGUUCACACAAGAACAAGAGCUGAUCGUAGCCAGUUGGAAAGUGAAGGGGCCCUGCCAGGUCCGGGUGAGAGUCAAACCCGUUUUUCUCCGGACAAGCAGCCACUGGAGCGACUGGAGUCCUACGACAUCCUGGCUGGGUGCAACAGACACGGGGACAACAACACAGGAUGAAGAGGGGGUUCUGGAUACGUCAUCCAUUGUGAUGCGUGUUGGGAUGGUCUGCUUGAGUGUCUUCAUCGCAACGCUGGUCCUCUACAAGGGUUGUGCGAGCAGAGGGCUCCUCAAAGGGAGGCCAGUACCAAACCCUUCUAAAUAUUUCCACACUCUCCACUCUGUACACGGAGGCAAUGUGAAGGAAUGGCUGAAUCCUCCGUCGGCUGCUGAGUCGUUCUUCACAGCCCAGCCGUGCGACAGCAUCUCCCCAGUUGAGAUAUGCGAAGGCUGGGACGUGGUCGCCACCACCUCUCCCUCCUCCAGCUCCAGCAGCGCCCUGCUUCACUCCAGGCACGACCCUCGGACCGCCGGCUCGGACACCAGCGGCGUGGUUGACGAUUCCUCCUCCUCUUCAUCCUUCUUCUCCAACGUGGGCUACUUCAUAUCCAGCUCCUCCGGCAGCUUGGCACCAACUGGCCUCGGCCCGGCUCACCCGGCCUGUCGGGACGAUUUCCGCAACACCCUCAACCUCCGCCUCUCCCUCCACCCGGCGCUCGACGGCUGUCCAACCUACGAGAGCUUGACGAGGGAGCCGCACAGCCCCGACUCCGGCUUAGGCAUCGCAAAGGAAGACGAAGACGGCGAUGAAGACGAAAGGUUUGCUGAUGUGGAAGAGGAAGGUGCCUCCGACGAUGAGCCGAGCCCUGCUCGUCUCAUUCUCCAUCUCCCUUCCCAGACGUGCCCCUGUGCUCCACCCGCUCCUAACGCUCCCACUCUGACUACCAUAGCGAAUAAGAGCCAACAGGCGGAGGUAUCUGUGGCAGCUGCUCAUGGCCACUAUGCGGCCUGGCCCGUGCCCGGCGCCAUGUGCCGGUCUUCCUCCAUGCCCGUGGAGCCCUGCAAGACGGGCUAUCUGACACUCAAAGAGCUGCAGACGACAUUCAGCAAUAAAUCUAUCUGAACAACCUGUAAUGUUCACCUGGAAUAAUCCCUCCGUGGCGGCUUCUUUAGUAUGAAAUGUGUUCUCAUCACAGGCAGCCGGACUGACUGUUUAUUCCAAUGUGAUCGUAUAAGCAAGCAUUUCUGAUCGGUUUUACUAAUUUCAUUCACUUUAAGGGCUAAAUGAACAUUAUUCACUUAUGGCUUUAUAUUAAGCAUUUAUAUUAAGCCACUCGAUUACUGUAAAUCCAAUUUUAAUCACCUUCUUUUGCUUCGGUCUCCUCCAGCUACUUAGUGAAACAUCCACCAGCUCGUUUGGUGUACUGGACAGCCUGUGUUGCCUGCUGGGUCAUUAUUUUUUCCGGUACUUAUGUAGAAUAUACAUACAUUGUUGAACUGUAGGACUCUUCAGUCAGUAAGCUUCUUUUUCAUAAGUGUGUCAAAGCAUUGAGUUUAAAGUCACUUUAAAGUGAACGCUAGAAUCAGUCUUAAUAAUAGUCUAAAAAAGAUUUUCAUUUCAAGAGAACAAAAAUCUUCAUUUCUGCAGGCAGAUUUGGGAUUUUAAAAGCAUGAUUUAAAUGUGUUUGGACAGUGUAAAUAUUGCUGCUUUACUUACUAAUAGAGAAUGUAUGUAUUUAUUAGAUUGCUAUUUCCAGACCUAUGGAAAUCAUUGAGGUCUUUGCUGCUCUGUUCUCUACACAUGGCGUAUAUUUCAUAUUUCUGACGCACGCUGUUGUGACAUCUGUGCAGAGACCAAACAAAAAAAAAACCUGCUGGUAGAAAUGGGUCAACCUUUGGCUUCCUGUGUCGUUGUGGAGUAAAGAACGAGGGCUGGGCAUGUGCGACGUGAGAGAAGAGUGCGAGACGACGGAGGGAGUUGUGUGCGUGUAGUUGUGAGUGUUGACAUGUCCUGUCAGGUGGUCCCGGUGGUGUGUGUGAGAGUGAGAAUGUGUAUUAGAGUGUGGUUUGACAUUUAGCUAUGAUGGAACCAGCGACAUCCGUUCACCUCACAGAGAAUAUGUGAUAUUCAGCCAUGUCAAGAAAUAACACACUGCACUGCAGACACAAACAACACGCAGACACCUUAGUGCACUGCACACAAAAGAUAUUUGUAAUCAAUAGCGCACUUUCUGCUGCUGAGUCUUUGUCCUCACGGCCUUUCCAGUAGUUCACCCUGCUGGAGGAAUCAUGCCGAAAGGGUUGAGCUCUUUUUGUGAAUCGUUUGUAUCUUUAUGGAUCACCAAUCAAACCCAAGACAACGGGUUAUUUUGAGGUAGUGUUAACGUUAGGUUUUAAGUAAAUAAAGAGCUGGAAUAUAUCAUGACACAUUGUAAACAUACCAUAUUUGUGUGGGUAAAUACAACAAUAAUAUAAAUGCUCCACAGGGAUUUUGAUUUUUCAGAUACCCUUAAAAUACUGGUGUACUAGCGGAGAGAAGUUGUGAAACACCUUAUUAAACCAAAAGAAGCGCAAUCAAGUGAAAUGAGUAAAAGGCAUUUUUUUAAUUUGCAGUGUGAAAAAAUCAACUGUUAUCUUUUUAACAGAGAUAUAUACAUAUAUAGCAAAUGCUUAACUUUGUUUAACCCUGUGUAAGUGAACAAUUUAAAAUGUAUCAACAAUAAACACCAUUUGAUUACUUUUUAAGAAUUUAAACAGAUUUUUUAAUGGUUUUCAUUUUCAUUUUCUCCAUUAAUUCUCUAUGUUAUUUGCUACAACUUAUAAGAUAAGAAGUCUUCUCUGUUCAAUACUUUAACUUGUUUACGACCGUGUUUUCUGAGACAUAUUAUACCGUUGAACAGGAUGACAUUUAAAUGACAUUUCUGCCACGUAACGUUGAACUGCGGCUUUUACUGGCGUGAAUCACUGAACUCAACCUUCGUGUUUGGGACGGGCGUCUGCUCACAUUGUGUUGUGUACAUUCUCCAGUUAUCUCGCUGCUAUUGCAAAAGAAGAGUUCACAUCCGUGUGUCACUUUGUUGUGUGGGAACGUCCUUGUGUCGAGGCUGUUUGGCUGUUUGUUUUUUAUUUCUAGCAGUCCGAUACCAAAAUGUCUAACAACAUUGCCCCCUCUUCAAAUAAGCUACACGGUGUAAUAUCUCAUGGACGUUAUAGCACACUCCAUCACAAAAAGACAUGUUGUAGUUUAUCACGCAAAGUCAUGAAAUGUCCUAUUGUGGUUUUUCCAAAAAACACAAAAAGCCGUUAGGUCAGAAUCCAUGAUGUACUUCAUAUAGAAAAGUUGAAUAUGAAUUUGAUUAAACAGACGUGACAGCCAUUUUAAACUAUGUGUAAUAAAAUGAAUCCCAAAGA